GUUCUCAUAAGUCUGGUAACAGAGUCAGAAAACUUUCCAACUAAACACCGAUAAGACUUCAUACAACUCACAAUACUCUAUAUUGUAAUCAUCACAACAGCCAAGGCUACCCAAAAGAAGAGACUGACUGAGCUCACAUUUGGCUGCCAGCUUUUUACUUUUCACCAUUUAAAACUUGAGACUUCCUGCUUUCCUGGGGUCAUGGAUAAAGUCCAAUACCUCACUCGCUCUGCUAUAAGAAGAGCUUCAACCAUUGAAAUGCCUCAACAUGCACGUCAAAAUCUACAGAACCUAUUUGUAAAUUUCUGUCUCAUUUUAAUAUGUCUCUUGUUGAUCUGCAUCAUUGUGAUGCUCCUCUGAAGUUCUGCUGCGAUCUCCAGUGAUGCAACUGUCACCGUCAGCUUAAAAUCUGUCAUCCCAUGAAGAGGGGAAAACACUAUAGAACAGGCCACUUCCUAAACAGAAGAAUUUCUUUGUGAAAAGGUCAAGAUUCAGAACAAAACAAAUUGUGAGCAAAUGUAUUCAACUGCAGGAUCUUGUAAACAUGAAAAGAGCUUUAUUUUCAAAAAUUAACUUCAAAAUGACUAUCAGUGUGCAUAAUGUAACUGCUGAAUUCCUCAAUAGAGCUUGUAAGUUUCUAUCCCAAAUCUUUUCUGAGGAUGAAGUAGGGGUUUAGUUUUGAAACUGCACUGCUAGCCAGUUCACUUCACAUAUAAAGCAUUAGCUUCACUAUUUGGGGUAAAUAUAACUUAUAUUGUACUGUAAAAGCCUCUGUGAUGUUUAUUAAGCAUUUAUCAGGUCUUCACCAAGUACCAAAAUAAUCAUUCAAAUGAAGUCAUCAUUUGAAAUAGCCUGCUGACUCCUCACAUCUGUUAUCUUUAUCAUCAUUCAGAACUCUUUGUAGUAACUCUCAUAACCUACAUUUUAAAACAGAAACUAUUCUUUCCCUGUACUACACUAACAUUUUUUUUAAAGUUUAAGUAAGGCCAUACUCUUACAUAAAUAAAAUUUCUCUUAACUUUUUCAAAGAAUUACACAAUUCUAGUAUAUGAAGGUAAACCAUAAAUUCGUUCUCUGUAGUACAUUAUGAUCAGCAGACAAGAACUAUUGGUUAAUUUAACAGUUGACAGUAUGAUUAGCCAUAAUUACUAAUACACUAAUAGAACAGUGUCUAGCCUAACAUAAGGCACUGUAGUUGAUCAUCUAAGUAUGCAACUUAGAUGUCUUUGAAAUCAUGAAAAGACUUUAGAAUGAUUUUAUAGAUUGUCUUCUAUUCUUAACGUCAUCCUCAAUAGAGGCAAGGAGAAGAAUUUCAAAAAGAAUAAAAGUAAAAUAUAUUCUUUCAUGCAUUAAAAAAAUAAUUAAAUGUGGGGUUCUCCAAAAUUAAUUCUUUGCUCACGUUCUGACAUGAACUUUUUGUCCUAUGGUUUUUAACAGGAUAUAGCUAUUUUCUGUAAUCUGUCAACCAAAUGGUCAACACUUAUUUGGUAGGCCAUUCUACCAUGCUAAAUUAUAAACUCAGCGAUGUUAAUCUACAAUUAUUUUCUGGCUGAAUACAUUUUCAAUUUCCCCUCUGAUCACUUAAAAAUAUCUUCCAACUCAUAAGAGAAGUAAAACUUGGUACUGGAAAAUACAUUCACUAAAAUUUGUUAAUUUAACUUGAUUCAGUUUAGAAUUAGGUCCAAAGUGAUUUAUACCUAUACUGCAUAAUCCAAUAAUUUAAACUUCAAGACAUAUUACCAAUAUAAAAAUUACUAAAAGAGUAGAGAACACAUAAUUUACUGUAUGACUUGCUAAAAUGUGGUUACUGAAAGAAUUUGAAAAGUCAGUACUGACCUUGGUUUAUAGCACAAGUGCGGCUAACAGAUUAAUAAAGGAGACAUUGCUUUAAAUUUUUCUGGGUACCUGACAGGUACUGGAGAUGGGGAGGGGGAUGGUUUGGAUUCAUUAGUAUCUGAGGAACAGGGGGAAAAGGAUCUCAUACUGACAGGGAAAUUUCAGCAAAGCCUCAUCUACGGGUUGGAGAACCCUAAUAUCAACUAGAAAGCUUAUAAAUAAUAAGCAAUACCAUUCACAUCACUGGCAUCCGUAAUUACUUGUGAAAAAAGUAACCAAGUUCUAUAAUUAGCUGCACUGAUGUUAAUAAGUAGAAAACUUGAAAUGCUAAAUUCUAUUCCUUUCCUUGUAUUGUUCAUUAUUACAACAUCAACAUCAAACUAUAAAAUGUGAAGUUAUGGGGUUUCUCCCUAAGUACAAUAGAAAUAAGUAAGUUUUUUGUUUUUCAUUCUGACUUUAAUAGAAA